AUGACUGUAAAGAAACAGGACUCGAAAAAAGUUUCUGGCCUCGGCAAUCAAUCUUCAAGGAAGCUACAUCGCAAAGGAGAGAACCCUAUUCGGGCAGUUUUAUCCAAAGAGGACACAUUCUGUAGAAGGUGCUCUUGCUGUAUUUGCCACCUUUUCGAUGAUAACAAAGAUCCUAGCCUUUGGUUGGUAUGCAGUGAAUCUUCUCAAGGGGACUCAUGUGGAUUGUCUUGCCAUAUCGAGUGUGCCCUUCAACAUGAAAAAGUCGGAGUUGUUGAUCAUGGACAACUUAUGCAACUUGAUGGCGGUUAUUGUUGUGCCUCCUGUGGUAAAGUUACUGGGAUUCUCGGAUGUUGGAAGAAGCAGCUAAACAUAGCUAAAGAUGCUCGGCGUGUGGACAUACUAUGUUACAGGAUAUAUUUGAGCUACAGGCUUCUGAAUGGUACUGUGAAAUUUAAAGAAUUGCAUGACAUGGUACAAGAGGCAAAGGCUAAACUGGAAAAGGAAGUUGGUCCAGUUAACGGCGUUUCUUCCAAGAUGGCACGCGGCAUUGUCAGCAGACUCCCUAUUGCCAGUGACGUGCAGAAACUUUGCUCUCUUGCUAUUGAGAAAGCUAAUGACUGGUUGGCUACCGAUGACAAUCCCGAAUCCAAAGAGGGAUCGCUUCCUGCUGCAUGUAAGUUUGUGUUUGAAGAGAUAACAGCUUCCUCAGUCAAGAUCAUUUUACUUGAAAUGUCGAAUGUAACUUCCGAAGACAUUAAGGGGUUCAAGCUCUGGUAUUACAAGAGUAGGGUGGAAUCACACACACAAGAACCUGUUUGUGUGUUUCCAAAAGCUCAGAGGAGGGUUUUGAUAUCCAACCUCCAGCCUUGCACAGAAUAUACUUUUCGGAUUGUAUCUUAUACAGAUAUCGGUGACCUUGGUCAUUCGGAGGCCAAGUGUUUCACCAAAAGUGUUGAGAUAUUGGAAAAGAUUCCGACUUCAUCAAUUGACAUGAAUACCAAAAAGGAGAAUACUCAAUCUGAAGGAGGCAAUGAAUUGGGAUCCAAAAUAGAGCCUGAUUCUACAAUGGCUGACUCUGGAUUCAAGGUCCGAGACCUUGGAAAGAUUUUGCACCUUGCAUGGGCUCAAGAACAAGGUUGCAUAGAGGGGUUUUGUCGUUCCGAUAUGAAAAACUGCUGUGGUCAAAUUGAAACGGUCAAGCCUAGCAACCCGGUUGAGCAGUCCGCACCGCCUUUGGUUUCUCGAGACCUUGAUCUCAAUGUUAGCUCUGUGCCUGACUUAAACGAAGAACUCACUCCUCCUUUCGAGUCUUCUCGUGAUGAGGACAAUGGUUGCACUUUGCAGCAGGCCGUUGAGGCAGAUGAUGAUGCUGCCUCUCACGAUUUAGAGAAAAACCUAGCAAGACCACAUGGUAGUGGUGGUUCUGAAACAUGGAACCAUAAACCGGUCGGAGAAGUUCCAGCCGUUGACUCACGCAUAGUCUUAGAAGCAAGUAGGAAAAGGGUAGCAAGCACAACUGAAGAAACACAUGACUGUGACAGCACCUUAAUAAACAGUUCUCCUUUACAUGUACCUGAUGGUUCAUUCUCCUUAGACGAGAAUUUCGAGUACUGUGUUAAAGUAAUUCGUUGGCUCGAAUGUCAGGGUCACAUCAAGCAAGAGUUUAGGCUGAAAUUGCUUACAUGGUUUAGUUUGAGGUCGACAGAUCAAGAACGUAGGGUGGUAAAUACUUUCAUUCAGACACUGAUCGAUGAUCCGAGUAGUUUGGCAGGUCAACUAGUUGACUCAUUUUCUGAUAUUAUAUCCAACAAGAGGCCCAGAAAUGGAUUCAGUAAUAAGGUUGUGUCGUUAAAUUAA